GCUCAUCGGAACCGUAACAACUCCAACUCGGGCCAUUGCAUGUUGCAUACAGAAUGUCGAGCUACAGACCUGGGGAUUCAAAACGUGAAGAGUUCCGCAAAUAUUUGGAAAAAUCAGGUGUCUUAGACACACUGACGAGAGUGCUAGUCGGACUAUAUGAAGAGCCCGAAAAACCUGAAAAUGCUCUGGAGUUUAUCAGAAAGCACAUGCGAACAGAUUGUCCAGAUACCGCUGAAGUCGAGGCUAUGAGAGUGGAGUUAGCUGAGUUGCGCAAAAAAGUUGAAAUGCUUGAGAAAGAGAACACAGAACUGAAACGCAAUGCAAGUGACCCAUCCGGUGCAACUUCAGCCGCGUUGGACAGCACUCCGGUCGAAGGUACAGAAACAAACUGAAGUCAGUGUGACCACAACAAAAGUGAUAUUAUUAAAGUGUAUCAAUCCGUAAAAAAUAAGCCAUUUUGUAGCUAGCGAUUGCUUUUCCGACUUCGUGUUCCUGACGAAGGGAAAAUUUAUGGUGAAUAAAAAUACAAGAAGGUAUCUACACAAAGCGGGCAUCACCCUCAGUUUAAUGCUGAGAGCCGACAACCAACAGUAGAAUCGUUCCACGAAUAAGAGACGAUGCCGCAAAACAG